UAUUAUGAAGGUGCGGUCUCUUGUUCCUGUUUCUGCUCAGAUCCGCGGGAGCUUCCUGGCUGUGUGAGUUUCAGAGGAGGAAAGCAGAGAGAAGAAGAUGAAAACCCCAGUGAGCGUUCUGCGUCUGCCCAGAGGACCUGAACCCAACAGCCGAGGAUUCGACCCAAACUCCCCUCGAUACAUUGCACUGUGUCCCACCACGAUUCCAGCAUCAUCUGGGAACAAGGCGGGUUCUGUAACUCUUGAAGAAGAGCAGCGCGUGCGGUCAGAACUUCGGGAGCGAUUUCUGAGAACUCUGCUGGCCAUGACAUCCAAACCAGUCCACUUCAGCCUGUAUGAGAAGGUCCAGGUCCAGGCCAAGUUUGGAGCUUCAGACAUCGAUAUCCUGAACUUCCAGGUUUCUGAUCUACAGACGCCGCUUGGCGUGCAGAAGGAGGCUCUGCUGAGGUGUCAGGACAUGAUAUCAUUCUCUUUUCAAUUGUGAAUGUGGAAGAUUUACGGCUGAAUGUUUGUUACAUCUUUAUUUAGAAGUUUAUGCUUAUAUUUAUUUCCAUGUUUGAAAUGAUUGAUUUUUUUGCUCCACUGCUGACAAACUUUUGAAGAUAUUUUGAGUUAAUGGACAUUGAAUGGGAAUGAAUUCUCUUGCUGUUCAUGCCUGUGCCACAAGAGGGCAGCAGGACUGUGGACAUUUAUAUUUGAUUUUUUUUUCUCGCAGUGAUAACUAGUCUGGAGGACUACCUCUGAGGUAGUUAGAAAAAUAGAAGGAAUUUCCUGGAAGCCAGACCACGAUAAAAUUGUCUGGAAAACACUUGUUCAGUUUGUGUUUUAACAUCUAUCCUGUCUAGAGCUCUUUUUUUUUUCUUUUUUGUGUAUAUUGUUUAUAUGAAUUCUUAUAUGUUAAAGGUUUUCUAAGAGAACUUUCACAGAUUAGUACUUUGUUUCUGUUGAGACAGUUUGAGAUUAAAGUUUGCAGCACUAA